AUGCCGUCAACAAUGGCGAGUACAUCCAAGCCACGCUCAGAGAUGACUUUGGAAGAGUUAUCAAAGAUUGAAGAAGAAGAAUUUAGCACGGGUCCACUCUCAGUGCUUACGCAGUCCGUUAAAAAUAAUACACAAGUAUUAAUAAACUGCAGAAAUAACAAAAAGUUGUUGGGUCGUGUAAAAGCUUUCGACCGGCAUUGUAACAUGGUAUUAGAAAAUGUCAAGGAAAUGUGGACAGAAGUUCCUAGGACUGGAAAAGGAAAAAAGGGCAAAGCAGUGAAUAAAGACAAAUUUAUCUCAAAGAUGUUUUUACGUGGAGAUUCAGUGAUCUUAGUUUUAAGAAAUCCUCUUGCAACUGCUGCUGGAAAA